GUCCAUUUUAGUUCCUUUUUUUCUCCAAUCAUCUGGGAAGGGGCGUCUCUGGGGGUGCUCCGGUGCUUUGGAAUGCACUUGUAAAGGAACGUUUUGGAUACUCACCGAAUCAACAUGUGGUAUUUGCAUACAUCAAGAAUCUCUAUCUGUCUCGUUUUGGUCGUUGUUCACCACUGCUAUGCUCAAAACCUUAAAUUCAGCUGCCCCGACAAGAACCCCAAUGACCCUCUGUUGCCACAUUUACCGCCAUCAUUUUCUACUAACUUGAGGCUGAACUAUGUGACGGAGAGGCGGACGGUAGAAGUGCGGCAAUUUGUCAAGGGAUCGAAUGAAGCCAUAGAGCUAACAUCAGCCGGCAGACAAGUCAAGUAUAUUCACCGACCAGACAAGAAACUUCUUCUCACGAUAGAGUAUGACAGCGAUGAACAGCCGUCUUGUAAAGUAGAACCAUCCCCUGGUGAGGGUCGUUAUUUUCUAAAAAGCAUAGACAGUGGUCCCAGCAACAUCUUGAAGGUCUUUAAAGAGAAGGCAGCUGUUGGAUGGGACGACUUUGUAUACACUAAACCCAAGUAUGAAGAUGGGACUUUUCUCCACAAAUGGGAAGGUUGUUUUGAGAACCCAACAGUCAAAAUUUCUAUCGGAUUUACAAUGCCCACUUGGAUUCCUUUCCAAAACUCAUCGCUGUCAAAUGUAGACCGCUUCAUCCAGAAAGCAGACGUGCAAAUGCAAGGAGAUAUUUUUAUGUCUGCAGUUUUUUCACGUUUUAACCCGAGAACACCAGCUGAUUCUGAGUUUCAGCCACCUGAAGGAGUAUUCUGCGAAGGAUGGGGACCAGAUGUGCCAAUUCCAACGAUUACUGACUAUUUCACUUACAACUCUGAAAUACUGGUUUACGAAAGCGCAGCAGGCAUUCGGCCAUUUAUUAGCCAGCGAAAGGUUUUUUAUGACGUUUUUGGUGGUAUUUCAAGGACCGACUUUUACGAUGCACUUGCGGAUACACCCGAUAUUUUUACACCCAUUACAGCUCGAGCGAAAACUGUCAUUCACGAUUUCAAAGCAGGAGUGCAAUACGUCUUGGAUCCUGUAACUGGGAAGUGUUCCUACGAUGAAUUCGAAACAACAUUCUCCGUGCUCAGUGUCAAAUUCACCACAACAGAAGACAUGCCGACUUCGAAAAAAUACUUUUACAUGGAUGCAGCCAAAAUCUACUACAGUGGUCAAUAUUAUACUCGUGGAUUAAUUGCUGACGUCUUCAGCGCUGAGACGACCAUUGAAGGCAUGAAUUACAAGGGCCCCAGUAUUGUAAGCUGGUAUUUUACUACGAACAAGACUCAAGUUGUUGAGGGUCUGCAAGCCGAGGAAAAUGUUCUUCUUCGAAUGGUGGUUCGACCAAAAGCUGGGUUUGGAAGACAGAAUAUGGCAGUAGUGAAUUUUUACAAUUUUGUUAAAGCUAAACCGGAAGAAUACAAUUACGACUUAACUGGAUGUUAUAAUGAAUCUUACUCCAAACAUUUAACAUUGACUUUUCCAGCUCAUGAAUCCUUAAAAGGCUAUGAAAAGCUCAUCAGACAGUUCGUGACUCGUGCUGUUGCAAAUGCGACAGAUAUCGACAGACAUAGAGUUGCAGUUAAAGAGGUAAUUCCAUCUCAAAUAGACCAAUGUUCCCGCACAUCCAUUUUAAAUCUGGACAAUUUUUACACUGUUUCUAGAGUGGAUAAAAUCAAGUUUGAUUGA